AUGUCUCCUCCAACAACAACAACAACUUUAUCACCAAACUAUGUUCCUGAUAAAUAUCCAUUUUUAACAAGACGAGAAUUUGAAAUUUCUGCAAAAUCAUUCAUAGAACAAUCUCGAAAAGCUGGAGAUAUAGAAACUUGGAAUUGGGUUGAGCAUGAGAAAGUUACAAAUAAGAAUUCAGUAAAAACAAUGGAUGAGGAUGAGGAUGAAGAUGAUGAAAUUUUAGAAUGUGAAGAUCCAAAUGAAUUAACCACAUUAAAUAAUCCCUAUAAUCCUGAAGAUUAUCUUACUGUAGAUUAUCAUAUUAUUUAUUCAACUUCUUAUAAAGUACCUGUGCUUUAUUUUAAUUCUUAUCAUAAUGAUGGAACUUCACUAUUAAUUGAUGAAAUUUAUUCAAAUUUGAUACAAUCUUCAAGAAUUAAUGAUAUUAAAACUGUAGGAUUUAAUGAAGAAAACAAAUCAUUACCACAAUUUAUAACAUUAGAAGGAUAUAUUAGAAGUUGGUUAAGUAUAGUUGGACCUGUUAUAGGAGUAAAAAUCAGUAUUGGAUAUUUACUUUGA